CUAAUGUGUGGAGACAGAGCUGAAAAGUGUGUGUAAGGGGUGCAGUGGCAGUGUGGACAUGACACAAUUCCGUCUGAGAACCUGAUCAAGUCGGUGGACCUGGUCAAGACGUGAUAUUAUCCCCAAGAUGAGGACCCAGUUCGGAGUUUUAUUUUUGUUGACGCUGUGGGUGGUCUACUCUGAUGCUUGGUUCUGGCCCAGGACUGGUACUACAACCUUUCCCCCAACAGUGGACCAUGAGGGGUCUGGCAGUCCAGCAUUUAGUGGAGAACCACCAUCAGAGAAUAUCGCUGGCCUUGGAGCGGAGAUCAUUGGUGAGGGACAAGGGAUCCAGAAACUUGUGCAGGCUAGGGAUGAGACCACGGAUGGACCUCGACCGACCACUCUCAUGCCCACGACGCUACCGGAGACUCAACUUGAUUCAGAAACGGGAACAGCGGUGAUUUCAUCACACAUACGUCAACCUGAAGACAAUGGAGUGACCCUGCUGCAGCUGAUCGGGAAUCCUCCUCCAAGUACGAUCCGCCAGGUCUUGGAGAACGACAACAGCCCCGGCUACGUCCUUGACCACAACACCAACUUGGGUCAGCUGGCCCGUGCACACCUGCCCAACCCGUUCUACCGAAACUUCGCCCUCAUCUUCAACUUGAAACCCACGACUGACGGGGCAGCCGUCAUCUUUUCCGUCACAGAUGGGUCACAGAAGAUCAUGUAUGUGGGUGUUAAACUGUCAGCCGUGCAGGGCGGGAACCAGGAUGUCAUCCUGUACUACACGGAGCCCAACUCUGAGAAGUCGUACGAGGCGGCCAGGUUCCCCGUUCCCUCCAUGAGGGACACCUGGACUCGCUUUGCCAUCGCCGUGAGGGGUGACACGGUGAUGUUCUACCUCAACUGUGACACAGACCCUCUGGUGAUGGCCAUGGAGAGGUCCCCGGACGAGAUGGAGCUGCAGGCUGGGACUGGGGUCUUCGUCGGGCAUGCUGGAGGAGCCGAUCCGGACAAGUUUGUGGGGGUGAUCAGUGAGCUGAGGGUGGUGGGAGACCCCCUUGCUGCUGAGAGGCUCUGUGAAGAGGAUGAAGAUGACUCCGAUAUGGCUUCAGGUGAAGGAAGUGGCUCUGAAGAACCCAGACAACCAAAAGCACCCGGGAAGAAACUUAGCACGACGACUCCUCUUCCACCCUCCCCGCCCAUUCAGCAGCCCCCACUGACGAGGAGAGAGGGAGACACGAGUACGACAGAAACAGGUCCUAAGGGAGAAAAGGGCGACCGGGGGGAUCCAGGACUGAAAGGAGACAGGGGCCCAAUUGGGCCGAAGGGAGAUGCUAGCGCUGGAUCCGGCUCACGAGGCGGAGCCCGUGGAGAGAAGGGGGAACCAGGGGAAACGGGUUUAAAGGGCACCGCAGGCUUUGGCUACCCGGGCAUGAAGGGAGACACCGGCCCACCUGGGCCGCCCGGUUCCCCCGGCCCUCCGGGACCCGCAACCGAGGUCUUAGUCGGUAGUGGCGGCUCGGUUUCUUCCAGAGUCCCCGGACCUCGAGGGCCGGCCGGACCACAAGGAGCUGCGGGCCCCCAGGGACCACCAGGAGCUGAUGGAGAGCCGGGGGAUCCUGGUGAGGAUGGGAAAACGGGUGCUGAAGGACCACCUGGCUUCCCAGGAUCCCCGGGGAACUCUGGACCUAAAGGAGAUAAGGGAGACCGUGGAGAUGGUCAGCCUGGCCCCAGGGGACCGCCAGGACCUCCGGGACCGCCAGGAACAGGAUCUACUUUUGUGGACAUGGAAGCCUCUGGGUUCCCUGAUCUGGAAUCCAUUCGGGGAUUGCCUGGUCCCCCUGGUCCCCCUGGACCCCCGGGUCCUGCUACUGAUUUUGUAGGGUCAGCAUCUAGUUCUGGGGCAUUUGGACCCCCAGGAAAGGACGGGAAUCCCGGUCAACCAGGCUUGCCGGGUUCUGAUGGACUCCCAGGAGUUUCUGGUCCGAAGGGAGAAAAGGGUGAUUCUGGCGACCUGGGCCUUCCAGGAGCAGUUGGAGAGAAGGGGUCUCGAGGAGACCCUGGUUUACCAGGAACCCCGGGAGAGACUGGACUGGCCGGUCUUCCCGGCCCUAUUGGACCAGUUGGGCGACCUGGGCCUCCAGGGCCUCCCGGCCCUGGCUAUAGUGUUGGAUUUGAUGACAUGGAGGCCUCUGGUGAAGGCUUCAGAAAUCGACUUCCUGGCGAAAGAGGAGUUGAGGGAAGACAGGGUCCUCCAGGCUCUCCUGGACUUCAAGGUAAAGAUGGGGUUCCUGGUUUACCGGGUCAGAAGGGCACUGAUGGUCUCACAGGAAGAGAUGGACGUCCGGGGUUGGAUGGCUUCCCUGGACCUCAGGGACCAAAGGGGGACACUGGCAACAAAGGAGAAAGGGGCAACCCGGGUCGAGAUGGAACAGGGGUCCCAGGGCCACCCGGACCACCUGGGCAACCAGGACAAAUCAUCUACCAAAGACCCGACAAUGGAGGACCUGGUUUAUCUGGCCAAGCUGGAUUACCUGGUCCUUCUGGGCCAAAGGGGGACAGAGGAGACACUGGCCCUCCAGGCUACGGGGACAAGGGUGAGAAAGGAGAACCGGGCCAGGUAAUCGGACCGGAUGGAAACCUCGUGCAUCUGGAAGGGCUGACGGGUCCGAAGGGAGACAGAGGGACCCCUGGACCCGUCGGACCCCCUGGCCAGUAUGGGCCUGCUGGAAUAAAAGGGGAAAUGGGAAUGCCUGGAAGACCCGGUCGCCCUGGUGUAAAUGGUUACAAAGGGGAGAAAGGAGAGACGGGAGUUGGCUACGGUUACCCGGGUGUACCCGGCCAACCGGGACCACCUGGACCCCCCGGACCAGCCAUCCCCUUAGAUCGCUUCAACCGCUAUGAUGACGCUUCACGGAAUUACCCAGCCACUAAGGGGGAAAAAGGAGAGAGUGGGGACCAAGGACCUCCAGGAAUCCCAGGGACCGCCUCUAAUUUUGAUAUUUACACAUUGAAGAACCAACUGAAGGGGGAGCGUGGAGACCUGGGUGUGAAGGGAGAAAAGGGAGAACCUGGUGGCGGCGGAUAUUACGACCCACGUUUUGGAGGAGCACAAGGCCCACCGGGGCCUCCUGGCAAACCAGGCCUGCAGGGUCCAAAGGGAGAAUCUGUAGUGGGCCCUCCUGGUCCUCAGGGGCCACCAGGGCAACCAGGGACUGGUUACGAUGGGCGCCCAGGUCCUCCAGGACCACCUGGACCUCCUGGACCCCAAGGUUCUUCCUCACUUCCCGGAGCAUAUCGGCCCAAUUACUCCCUCAGUGUUCCUGGACCUCCGGGUCCUCCUGGUCCGCCUGGAAGUCCCGCUCGCUCUUCUGGGGUCACUACCUCAAGGUCGUACGACACAAUGAUAGCUACUGCGAGACGUGAGCCAGAGGGCAGCCUCAUCUACAUCCUUGACAAAGCGGACCUCUAUUUGAGAGUGCGCGAUGGAGUGCGGCAAGUCAUGCUCGGUAACUACAAUCCCUUCUCCAGAGAUCUGGACAACGAGUUGGUGGAGGUCCAGCCCCCACCUGUGAUCCUGUACCCCCAGUCACAUGACCAGUCUCACAACAACGGAGCUGGCCAUUACUCCCAGGGAGGUUCUGCCGUACGACCCAUUGAGCCUCCUCCGCAGCCCCCGGUGGACAGAUACCCCCCACAGUAUGAUCCCAGAUUCCCAGACACGAGACUCACAGGCCAGACGGACGGGAGAUCAGACACGCAACGGACUGAGAACAGACACCCUGUGACUCCGCCACGGCGACCCAGCCUGCCUGUGCAGCAGCCGGCCGGCCCCGUGGGGCCUUCAGCACCAGGACUACACAUCAUCGCCCUGAACGCCCCUCAAACUGGUAACAUGCGAGGAAUCCGCGGGGCAGACUUCCUGUGCUUCCAGCAGGCCCGCGCUGUGGGCCUGAAGGGGACCUUCAGAGCUUUCCUCUCCUCCAAGCUCCAAGACCUCUACACCAUCGUCCGCAGGUCGGACAGGGACAGCACCCCCAUCGUCAACCUCAAGGACCAAGUGCUGUUCAGCAGUUGGGAGUCUCUCUUUGGUGACGACGUGAGCAAAAUGAGGGAGAAUGUACCGAUCUACUCCUUCGAUGGAAGAGACGUCGUCAGAGACAGCGCAUGGCCAGAAAAGAUGGUCUGGCAUGGAUCGAGCAACAAAGGCCACCGGCAAACAGACCACUACUGUGAAACAUGGCGGGCGGGCGACCACGCUGUAACGGGCCUGGCGUCCUCUCUACAGAGCGGCCGCCUCCUGCAGCAAACCUCCAGCAGCUGCUCCGGCUCCUACGUCGUCCUGUGCAUCGAGAACGCCUUCACUUCUCACUCCAAGAAAUAAAUCCCGCCCGUCCUCCCGUAUUUCUUUUGUUUAGUUUUUUUUUUUUGUUCUGGGCCCUGGUUGAACAGCGUUUUGAUUUCCCGAGAACACGCCUGGUGACCGUGUGGCGUCCAAUGAACUGGCCCCGUGGCUCUGUGCCUGGCAGAGAGCCUUUGUGUUGUCUGCUCCUCCGGAGACGCCAAAGAGAUGGGUUGAACCGAGGGGCGUUGGUCCUUUCUCUCGGGGGCAUUGGCACAUAUUUGGUGCAGAGCGAUAGCGGAGAAGCUAAAUGUGUUCUCUAAUUGUAUCCUAUUUCUUCUUUUGUUUUUCUGUAUAUUAUGUUUGUUGUUUGUGAUUUUUUUUGGAUGUUUUACCUUUUGAACUGUUUAUAAAAUUGCUAUAUCCAUCCGUUUUUUUUAUUAUUUUUGUAUCAAGUAUUGAUCAUCUCCACCUUUUUUCCAUUUUCAUUUUAAAAUCUUGGAUAAUGACAGGGAACAGCAAACGUUUCAUAACUAUUUCAAAGAAGAUAAUAGAUAUUUAUUUUUAAAUGAAUGUAUGUAAGGUAAAAAUGAUUUGGGAAAAAAAUGUUUAAUACCCUCAUAUUCUAAACAACUUAGAACAUUUCAUUAUUUUCAAAAGAGCUUCUGAUCAGUAACUGUGCCUUUUUACUGCUUUGUGAGCUCGAUAAGCUCAUGUAUUGAACCACUCCUGUGCAAAGCGUGAUUCAACAAAUAUUGAAAUGUUAUAGAAGCUUUAGCUCAAGUGGAUUCAGAUGCAUUUACUUUUACUAAAUUUAAAUGACCUUAUCGGACUUGGCCACUUCUGUAAUAAAUAACCCCUCAUCCACAGGGCAAUAUUCAUUCUAGCUAAAAUGGAGCCUCGUGAAUCCAAAGUGAUUAUUUCUUUCCUUCUGGCACUUCAUGAAAACCUAUCAGUGAGUAAGCUGGAAAUGAUUAGUUGGCUGCUAAUCUUUGUCGGAGGGAUGGCUGUCCCGGGCGUUAGGGCCGUGUGCUGAGGAGAGAGAAGCUCCUGCCUGGUAUGAAUUUCAGAGACUAACGUGGCCUCAACGCUUGAAUAUCCUGACUGAACCCGUGGAUGUCCAUUUUUAUUACUAUUUGUGCUGUACUGUUUCUCCCAGGCACUGAAUAAAAGUCUUUUUCAACUACA